AUGCCACCCCCCAGCGGACAAGAACCGCUGCUCCACCGCCCAGAAUCCCAAAACUCCGGCGAGACUGCCGCCGGCGGCAUCGAGGAGGAAGACGCCCUGCUCACGGGCCAGCGCACAGGGAAACAACCCCCGGCGACCGCGGAUAAGACUAGGCGAUGGCGGGAGAUAGGACUGUUCGUGUGGGCGCUGGUCGCGACGGCGGUGGUGGUGGUUUUGGCCGUGGUGUGGCAGCAUAAUCAACAGACUGGCGGCGGCACUGGGGGUCAUGAAGGAGGUGGGAGUGGUAGUGGAGGUGAUGGAGGGAAAGGGAAGGGGGGUAGUGGGAAGAAGAAUUUGAUCUUUAUGGUUUCGGAUGGGAUGGGGCCUACGAGUUUGACGCUCACGAGGAGUUGGAGGCAGUACACGGAGCAGUUGGCGUGGGAUAACACGCUCGUGCUGGAUGAUUAUUUGAUUGGGCAGAGUCGGACGCGGUCGACGAGUUCGUUGAUUACGGAUUCGGCCGCGGGGGCGACGGCGUUUUCUUGUGGGGAGAAGAGUUAUAAUGGUGCCAUCUCGGUGACGCCGGACUUUGAGCCUUGCGGGAGUGUGAUGGAGGCGGCGAAGAGGAAGGGGUAUACGACGGGGUUGGUGGUGACGACGAGGAUCACGGAUGCGACGCCGGCGGUUUUUGCGAGUCAUGUGAGGAAGAGGGAGAUGGAGGAUGAGAUUGCGCUGCAGAUGGUUGGGGAGACGCAUCCGCUGGGGAGGAUGGUGGAUCUUAUGAUGGGUGGAGGGAGGUGUCAUUUUUUGAAGAAUGACACCGAGGGGAGUUGUAGGGGCGAUGGCACGGAUGCUGCGAAGAUCGCGAGGGAUAAGCAUGGUUUCCAGCUGGUCAGCGAGAGGAAGGAGUUUGACAAGCUGGGCGCGAGCAGUGAACUACCACUGUUGGCGCUCUUCCCUAUGGGAGACUUUCCCUACGAAAUCGACAGACGAUACCAAAACGACAUCUACCCCUCCCUCGCAGAAAUGACCAAAACCACCCUCAGGAUGCUCGCCGCAGCAACAAAAGACACCGAAAAAGGCUUCUUCGUCAUGAUCGAAGGCUCCCGCAUCGACCACGCCGGCCACGCCAACGACCCCGCCGCCCAAGUCCACGAAGUGCUAGCCUACGACCACGCCAUGCAGGAAGUCCUCGACUUCAUCGACCACAGCGACGUCCCCACCCUCAUGGUCAGCACCUCGGACCACGAAACCGGCGGCCUCGCCACCGCGCGGCAGCUCCACGAUGCCUACCCAGAAUACGUCUGGUACCCCGGCGUGCUGGCCAACACCUCGCACUCCGCCUCGUACCUCUCCCGCGAGUACCACGAGCACCUACACUCCGAGAGCGAGAACCUCAACGCCUAUCUGAAGAGCCUCCUGAAAGACUCCCUCGGCAUCCACGACCCCAGCCUCGACGAAAUCGAAUCCCUCGUCACGAAACCCGAGCGCGCCGCGUACACCUUCGCCGACAUGGUCUCCCGGCGCGCGCAGACGGGGUGGUCCACGCACGGCCACUCCGGCGCGGACGUGAACAUCUACUCCUCCGACGCUGAAACCGCCUCCGCGCUCGUCGGCAACCACGAAAACACAGACGUUGGCGGCUUCCUAAGGGAGUAUCUCGGCCUCGGGAACGAAGUCGAGAAAGUCACGGCGGAGCUGAAGAAGUUCACCGCCGCUUCUUCUUCGCAGGACGCCGAGGGGAAGGGCGGGUGGUUGGGUCCGGUGCCGGAGGAGGAUGAAAGGUUGGAUGGCCAGGAUCAUUUGGACCAUUAUGCGGGGGAUCAUAAGACGAGGAAGAGCAGGAGGACGGCGGCGCAUGUGCACGAGGAGGAGAAGAGGUGUGCGGUUUGUGGGGUUUAG